UGUCAAAACACCAGAAAUGAGGGUUAUUUUUUAUUUAUUCCUGAUGCUCAAUGUUGGUCGUUGCUCAGAUGAACAGAAUUUCGAGACCAAGACAGUUUACGUUGGGGAGAAUAUUAACCUGACAUGCCCCCGUAGGGAAGUAGGAACCUUGUUUUGGAUCAAGCUUGUUUCUGGAGAUUUUCCUAAAAUCUUGGGAAGAUCAUUUAGCUCUCAGAGUGCUGAUCAGCGCAUUAGAACUGUAACAGAUCCUGGAAUAUUUGAUCUGUAUAUUACAAAAGCACAGCAGAGUGAUACAGGAGUUUACAUCUGUAUGAAAACAGCAAAUCGAGAACUAACAUUUUUGAAUGGAACCUACCUGAAAGUUGAAGGACCUGAGCCUCCUUUCACUACAACUCCUCCACCUGAUUCUGUCCAUCAGGAACGCACAGUGACUCUUCAGUGUUCAGUCCUCCAUGACUUCCAGAAUAAAACAUGUCCAGUAGAUGACAACGUGUUCUGUUUGAGUGUAGAACCACAUCAAUCUCACCCGGGUUCUAAUUAUACUCAUGUGAAUGGUGGAGAUGAAUAUGAAAGGAACUCAGAGGGACUCUCAACAAAAACAUGUUUCUACAGCUACUUCAGAAACCUCAGCUCCUCUGAUUCUCAGACGUAUUACUGUGCUGUGGCCACAUGUGUGGAGUCUUUUCCUCAAAAUAAAACAACAGGCGAUGCUGAAGCAGUCAAGAAAAGCUGUUCAAAGAAGGACAAUACAAUUCUCUAUCUGUUAUGUGUCGCUUUGGCUAUAAGCCUGAUUGUUAUAGCCUGUCUAGUUUAUUCAAUCAAGAAGCUAAAGAAGAAUUCAUAUGUGUAUUCUAAUGAUGCAGUUGCCCUGCAAACAAAUGUAAUUUCAAGUGGUGACCAGGAAAAUCAGCAGACAGAUGCGGACUUGUUGGUUUAUUCAGCACCAACUUUUAAAAAAGCGAGCAAAUCGGGGACAAAGGAUACAAAAACUUCGGAGGAAGAAAGCAUCUACACUGAUGUCAAGGCUCUUGGGCUGGAUUAAGCUCUACUAGCAUCAUGGAUGUGGAUUUUGUUGUUUGUUAGAAAUGUAAUUAUUUGUAUAUUUUUGACACUGUAUUUAUGUGCAAAGACUAAAAAGUAUAUUAUUAAGCUAUUUUAGAGAUGUAAACAGUAUGAAUCCCAUCUAUGAAUGGUUUUAGUCUCUGUUGUUGUGUUCUUUAAUAUUAUUUAGUAUAUUGAUGUGUUUCUCUGUAAUCCACAUGAAUACAUUAUUUUCACAUUGUUUUAAUGAAAGUAAAAAGUGGUUACAGUGGAUAUACAGUUUCCUGUUUGAUAGUAAAUAUAGUUUAAUACAACAAUAUAACACAAAAUAUCAACAUUAUAAGAAAGUCACUAAUUAUUUAAUUAAAUUUCUUAAGAAAGA